AUGGAGCGCGUAUCGAAGAAGGCCGUUGCGACGUCAAAACCGUUUACGUUUCUAAUAGGAGCUGGUAAAACAGAAUACACCAUUCACUCAGCUCUUGUUGCGCAACUGUCGCCAGUUCUUUCUGCGCUAGUAAAUGGAUCAUUCCGAGAAUCAUCAGAAUGCUCCGUCACAUGGGACGAUGUAGACGAGAUAGCCUUCAACAGCUUCUGGCAAUUCGUCUACACAGGAAAUUACGACACUCCAGAACCGCUUUCACCUACCGAGGAGGCUCCUAGUGACGAAGUGCUAAAAGCAGAUAUUCCUGAUGAGCCCGCACCAGAAAAACCUGAACCAGAGGAACCUGCAACAGAAACAGAAGCAGAACCUGCAACAGAAACAGAAGCAGAACCUGCAACAGAAACAGAAGCAGAACCUGCAACAGAAACAGAAGCAGAACCUGCAACAGAAACAGAAGCAGAACCUGCAACAGAACCAGACGAACCGGAAACGUGUCUCUGUUUUGUGUCUGUAGAUGCUCCACCUUCACCAGCAAUGAAAAAGGAGAAGAGGGGAGGUGCUCGAAGAACAUCACUAUGGCUUGACUUUCUCUUUUCUUGGGAUUAUCCUCCUGAGCCUUUUGACGUCGACGUGGCACUGAAAGACCAUGCAAACACCUUGGUGCAUCAUGCUAAGGUCUACACUUUGGCCGACCGUUACGCUAUUACAAGACUCACAGACCUUUCUCGCCUAAAACUUCACCAAGAAUUAAUAGAUCUUACUAGAAAGGGGGAUGACUAUAACAAUGUGGUUGAGCUGGUGCGCUAUACCUUCGAAGAACUAGUGCCAGAUCAACUACGAGAUAUGGCCGUACACUUUAGUGCUUGCGUUGUCGAACAUCUCUGGAAGAUCGAUGAAUUUCAAGAGCUUGUAGGAAAAUAUGGUAUUUUGUCGAAAGCUCUUGUAGGCACCAUGUUGCUUAGACUUGACGAGAAUGAGGCUUGCUUGUCAUAA